AUGAAAAACAAUGUGUUAAGAGGUCAAGGUAAAUGUCAGAAAGACUCUGCAUGACUAAAGAUCAAGAGGGAGAGGGUUCAACCCGUGUUAAAGAUGCAAAAUAGCAGUUACUUGGAGAUAAAAAAAAAAAUAUAUAUAUAUAUAUAUAUAUAUAUAUAUAUAUACAGUGGGGAAAAAAAGUAUUUAGUCAGCCACCAAUUGUGCAAGUUCUCCCACUUAAAAAGAUGAGAGAGGCCUGUAAUUUUCAUCAUAGUUACACGUCAACUAUGACAGACAAAAUGAGAAAAAAAAAAAAAAUUGUAUGAUUUUUUAUGAAUUUAUUUGCAAAUUAUGGUGGAAAAUAAGUAUUUGGUCAAUAACAAAAGUUUCUCAAUACUUUGUUAUAUACCCUUUGUUGGCAAUGACACAGGUCAAAUGUUUUCUGUAAGUCUUCACAAGGUUUUCACACACUGUUGCUUGUAUUUUGGCCCAUUCCUCCAUGCAGAUCUCCUCUAGAGCAGUGAUGUUUUGGGGCUGUCGCUGGGCAACACAGACUUUCAACUCCCUCCAAAGAUUUUCUAUGGGGUUGAGAUCUGGAGACUGGCUAGGCCACUCCAGGACCUUGAAAUGCUUCUUACGAAGCCACUCCUUCGUUGCCCGGGCGGUUGUGUUUUGGGAUCAUUGUCAUGCUGAAAGACCCAGCCACGUUUCAUCUUCAAUGCCCUUGCUGAUGGAAGGAGGUUUUCACUCAAAAUCUCACGAUACAUGGCCCCAUUCAUUCUUUCCUUUACACGGAUCAGUCGUCCUGGUCCCUUUGCAGAAAAAACAGCCCCAAAGCAUGAUGUUUCCACCCCCAUGCUUCACAGUAGGUAUGGUGUUCUUUGGAUGCAACUCAGCAUUCUUUGUCCUCCAAACACGACGAGUUGAGUUCUUACCAAAAAGUUAUAUUUUGGUUUCAUCUGACCAUAUGACAUUCUCCCAAUCCUCUUCUGGAUCAUCCAAAUGCACUCUAGCAAACUUCAGACGGGCCUGGACAUGUACUGGCUUAAGCAGGGGGACAUGUCUGGCACUGCAGAAUUUGAGUCCCUGGCGGCGUAGUGUGUUACUGAUGGUAGGCUUUGUUACUUUGGUCCCAGCUCUCUGCAGGUCAUUCACUAGGUCCCCCCAUGUGGUUCUGUGAUUUUUGCUCACCGUUCUUGUGAUCAUUUUGACCCCACAGGGUGAGAUCUUGCGUGGAGCCCCAGAUCGAGGGAGAUUAUCAGUGGUCUUGUAUGUCUUCCAUUUCCUAAUAAUUGCUCCCACAGUUGAUUUCUUCAAACCAAGCUGCUUACCUAUUGCAGAUUCAUUCUUCCCAGCCUGGUGCAGGUCUACAAUUUUGUUUCUGGUGUCCUUUGACAGCUCUUUGGUCUUGGCCAUAGUGGAGUUUGGAGUGUGACUGUUUGAGGUUGUGGACAGGUGUCUUUUAUACUGAUAACAAGUUCAAACAGGUGCCAUUAAUACAGGUAACGAGUGGAGGACAGAGGAGCCUCUUAAAGAAGAAGUUACAGGUCUGUGAGAGCCAGAAAUCUUGCUUGUGUGUAGGUGACCAAAUACUUAUUUUCCACCAUAAUUUGCAAAUAAAUUCAUUAAAAAAUCCUACAAUGAGAUUUUCUGGAAAAUUUUUUCUCAAUUUGUCUGUCAUAGUUGACGUGUACCUAUGAUGAAAAUUACAGGUCUCUCUCAUCUUUUUAAGUGGGAGAACUUGCACAAUUGGUGGCUGACUAAAUACUUUUUUCCCCCACUGUAUAUAUAUAUCUUAUAUAUCUUACUCUUGAAAAAAAUUACUCAUUAUAUUUCAGAAUGAAACCUUGGUACCUAUUUUUUGUUUCUUUUUUCAGGUUGGGGUGCGGCUUUUUUUCAAAACACCCAUUUUUGGGGAAAAGGGAAAACAGAAGCAAAAAAAUCUUUUACUCCCGAGUCACUGGUCCUGGUUCAAAAACCCCCUUGUCUGCCGGCCGUACUGGGAGGGACCCCAUGGGGGGCCCUGGCCCCGGUCGUCCAGGGUAGGGGGGGAAAGGGGGCGGGAUUAGCCAGUUGGUAAGGGGGGGAACCCAGGGGUUGUGGUUCGUUUUCCCCCCGGGGGGGGGGCGUAGAAAAAAAAAAAUAAUGUAUGCACCACUACGGAAGUCGCUAGGAAAGGGCCCGUUUAAAAGAUAAAAUUAAAAAGUAUGGCAAAGAAAAUAUUUUUAAAAAAAAUAUAAAAAAAAUCCAUAAAGUAAUCUAAUAAGGAUCUGGUAAGAUUUUGUAUGUUUUGCCUUAUAUGUCAGUGGUGUAUAUGUGUUGACUUAAAGUAUAUGUCUUAUAUGACAAACACUAUUAAAAUCAUGAUUUCGGUGAAUUUCCUACAAAGUAUAUGAAUUAUAUGAGUCAUUUAUUAAUAUUAUAAGAAAGAGUAUAUUCUGGGAAACAUAUAAAAAACCAUGACAAAUACUAUAAGAAAAAUGCAAUAUUUGUAUAUACAUUUUCAUUUAAAGGCACGGAUUUCCAUGGUUAAGGCUGGGCAGCACCUCCUACUGGACAGUUGAUUUUUCUUCAACUAUGCCUUUUGUUCUUCCAUUGAUGGUUUUCACCAUGCCUAUCCCUGCUUAGCUUAGAUAUUUGUCACUGACUACUACCAAUGUGCUAUCGUGAGAAUGAUUGUUGAGAGACUUAAUAACUAAAUAGAUUCACUGCUGCUAUCAAAGUCAUUCCUCCUCCUCCUCCCCUCUUAAUCUCCUCCUACCCCUACUCUCCUCCUGUCCACUCCUCCUCCUCCCCCUCCUCCUGUUCUCCUCCUCCUCCUCCUCUCCCCUGUCCUCCUCCCCUCUCCUGUCUUCCUCCUCUCCUCCUCCUCCUCCUCUCCUCUCUUCCUCUCCUCCUGCAUGUGUGAAUGAUGUCAGGCAGUGGUAUACAAGUGCUUUGACAUGUGUGUCCCAUGUAUGUGAGACCUUAGAAGGCUUAGCUUACACGUCUCUUCUAUGUUUUUUAUAUAAUACAUGCAACAUUUCUGUUGUCUAAAUGCAAACCACCCGUAUAAGUCAGAUAUUACAAGAAUCUUCUAUGAAUCAUGUAAGUGUAUUUGCUGCCAUACAUGUUACAUACAAGUUCCAGGUAGAACUUAUAAGAAUCUUGUUAAAUGCUUCUAUAUCGCUUCCAUAUGGGUAGUGUUAUCAUAGCCUUGAGAAGCAGUCUAUUUGACCCAAUAAUAAAGUGAUAAAACAGGUUCCUAGACACAUGAUUGAACUGUGGACUAUGGACUCCCUGACCUGCUCUGUUAUCGUAGUUCUGAGCAUGUCACUCCCAUUCCUGCCAUCCAACAGGUAAUCCCUGCAUACAGUCAACAGUAUUUGGUCAAAAGAAUGUGCAAGAUUGAAGGUUGCAAUAGUGAAUGUAAGAAUAUCUUCUGUUCAGGUAAGGGUUCUUACGUAAUGCUUGAAGAGUGUUUGUACCAAGUCUCUUGCUGUUUUUUGUACCUCACGGUUUUUGGCUUUGUAUACUGGGUGUGGAUGUUUUGUCCUACAAAGUCAAUAACCAACUUUUUUGUUAUGCAAUUAGAAUGUACUGUAUAAGGAUCCAUAUAAGCUCUGAAUUCUCUCUCACUUGGGAUUAUUUUCAUAUAGGAUGUGCUGUAGCGCUAACUAGCUGGUCUUCUUCAAUGAUUGUAUACAGUAUAUGAAUGGACAAAACAAUCGAUCACAUGACACCAUUCAUUCAUAUGUGAAGACUCAAUAGCACAUUGAAGCCAAAUGAAGUAGGUUAGGAUGGAGUCUCAUGGAGACAUAACAUGCGCUACUCCAGGAAGUGAUGUUGCAGGCUAGAUCACUGCUUCCCCGUCUCAUAGAAUAACUUAAGUUUAAGGCCGACCGGGGUACUGCAGGCUGCCAUUAGCAACUUCUUCUGUGUGCGUUUAAAAAAAAAAAUCUGUUCAAGGACAUACAUCUGGUGUAUUAGAUGCAAUUAUUGAUACCAUGAUGGUCUUCAAAACAUUUAUACAAAGAUUGUCAUUUUUCCAUUCACUAUAGUUGGGGAUCCUGUUUUCUGCAACCAAUGCCUGCAGUAUCGCUGUCAGCCUAAUGAAUGGUGCAAUAUACAGUAAAUAAAUGCAAUUCAUAAUCAUCAUUAAUUCAUAACCAUAUACUAACAUAUCUGCAGCCCAGCAGCUCCUGCGCUCCCAGCGGGAUGUGCUCCUGGAGUGGACCCAUGUCCACCCGGCCCCCCUACUACGCUGGCUAUGUGACGCCGGGGUACUUUCCCACGCCCCAUAUUGGCAGUGUGAGCCAAACCUGAUGCUGAAAAACGGUGCUGAUAAAGAAGAAAUAUGUCAGAUUGACUUUGUCACGAUCGCUUACAGACGGGACGGACCAAGGCGCAGCGUAAUAUGCGUACAUGUUUAUUAAAUAUCAAACACAACGACAAAAUAACAAACAAAACGAAACGUGACAGGUCCAAACCAAUCCCAGCUAGGAGAGAUUAAACAGGUCCAAACCAACCUCUGCUAGGAGAGAUUAAGUCCAAGGCAGCACAACACAACCUACCUUAACACGGAACAAGAUCCCACAACCCACUAGUGCCAAUAGGCUGCCAAAGUAUGGUCCCCAAUCAGAGACAACGAGCUACAGCUGCCUCUGAUUGGGAACCACACCGGCCAACAUAGAUCUACACAUAAUAGAAAAUACACACCCUGACUCAACAAAUACGAGUCCCCAGAGUCAGGGCGUGACAGACUUAUUGAACGUUAUGUGGAAAUGAUUAACAGAGUCAAUUCAGGGAUUCACUGGACUGUGGCAAAUCCUCUAAUGUCUUGCCAAGGUCUUAACUACUGCAGAUUGGACUGGCAAGCGGUUUGCAUACAUGCUUAUCCUUGAACAGCAAUAGAAAAGUAAUUCAUUUUAGCCUGUAUAUAGUAGUCAAUAAAAUACUCUGUCAAUGUGAUAAAACAUUCUGUUGAGUUUCCAUCUGAGAUUUACCCUGGUGUUUUACCCAAAAGGCUCAAAAUGUUCUGUUUCCAUCUACGCAGACCGGCACCCGUGUCUCACUGGGCCAUGGCUCCGGCGGACAUGCUCUGACUUGGGGCCAAUGUCAGAACACUGGUACUUUUCAGCUCGCAUUUACAUAACAAUUGCUAACUGUGAACUUUAACUUCUUCUCACAAAGCAACUGUCUUGAUGAUGCAGAGGUUGUUGAUUCUGCUCGCCCCAAGUCUUUAGAGUCACACUCCUGAUGGAAACACAAUUACACUCGAGCUUACAUUAACAUAAAACACUGGCGACACACUGGUGUGCGGUAAGUCUUAGGUGGAAGUGCAGAUAGUGUCAAAUACCUUUCCCUGUAGUCCAUUAUCAACAAAGUCUGGGACAACAUCUCACCUGAUGCCUAGUUAUGUUUUUCUAGUUUGCAUCUAUGCAUUUUUUUCCUCUCUCAUCUCUAUAGAGAAGAAGCCAAAAAGCCCCAUUUCAAAACUGUUCAAAGGCAAAUUCACUGUGACCACUGAGGUCAAAGGUAAUGAAUUCCAUUAUCAUCCAUCAUCAAUAUUAAAGAUAGGAAUCAAUUAUCACUAACAUGCUUUCUAGUGUGCCCAACUGACACAUCAGUAAUAUCACACAAUUAAAUGUAUUCAAUCCCCAGGUGGGAAAAAUGUAUCUUUCAAAUGUGUCAAAUGUAUAAUUCAAAUUGUUGUCUUGAUAAUUUAGUUGAGGAAGAGUUGAAGCCUCAGCGGAGUGUAAAAUCUUCUCAUCUCAGAGGUAGGUUGAUAACGUUAAGAGUUGGGGCAAACUGUGUAGCACUGAACUUGAAUUAAUUGUUGAAUCAAUAUUUGAUUAUAAAGACAUUAUGAUUAACAAAUUACAGCAACAUUUCCCCUAGAUAUGACUUGAGUAUCUUAUUGUAAUGAGUUAGGUAUGAAUGUCCAUGUUGCGUGUAAUUUACUUGCCUCUCUUUUAUUGCAGUUCCCCUUUCAGCUCACAAAAAUACCCUUCUGGAAUGUACAGAACGACUUUCAUCUUACGCAGAAGGGGGAGGGCCUCCAACUCUGCUUCUCACAUUGAGAUCCGAUACACUGAUCUCUUCGUGACCGAGGACAACGAGUCAUUUGACAGCAGCCAGCAUGAGUACUUCACCCUGGCCGGUCGACGGGCACGCAUCUACGCCCACCAGGCCUGCCAACGCAUCUGCCCUCGCCACCUCCUGAGCCCCCAAGGCACCACAGGGCGCCCCCCGAAGCGGGUAAAGUUGAAGGGCAUCGCUGGCAUCGGCAAGAGCGUGGCAGUGCAGAGGCUGGUCUAUGAGUGGGCGCUGGGGAAGCACAUGCGUGAGUUCACCUGUGUGUUCGACCUCCGCUUCCGCUAGCUGAACCUGAUCAAAGCCCCUCUGAGCUUACUGGACCUGCUUGGAUACCGCUUCCGCUACUUUAAGGCGGUUCUGCCAGAGCUUCUGGCCUUGCCAGGUUCCUUGCUUUCAUUCUGGAUGGGCUGGACGAGUUUAAAUACCAACUGGACUGGAACGCUCCUGACAGGGACAUCAGCGUGGACUCCAAGGUGCCCGUAUCAGAGCUGAUAAUGGCGUUGAUCAAGGGGAGUCUACUCCCAGGAUCCUCGGUCAUCCUGACAUCCAGGCCUUCCACGGACACUCCUAAGCGGUUCUUCCAGCGUUGCUGCGUGGUCCUGGGCUUCGAGGAGGACCAGGUGAAGGAGUACACCUUCAAGUUCUACAAGGACCCCAAGGUGUCUGAGAAGGUGUACAACUACAUCCUGGACAAUGACAACCUCUUUGUGCUCUCCUUCAUCCCUCUCUAUUGCUAUAUCAUCUGCACCGCCUUGGCCGAGUUCUUUUCCAGUCAGGAAGAUGGUGACUCACGGUCUCUAGAGUUGAAUCCACCUAGGACAGUCAGCGAGGUUUACUACUGCUACCUGUUUACAAAGGACUUCUGGUGCUUUGGUGAGAUCCCCCCACCUUCCACCUCCCCAACUCCCCUACUGAGCCAAGACCUCCACCUGGACCAGACUAGGGUGGAAAACCUGCAAAUGUUCACUCGCUUCUUCAUGGGGCUUCUCCGGACCAGGCUGGGGGGCAGUUGGGUGGGCUGGUGCUGGCCCCUCUGGAGGUGGGCAUGGAGGGGGAGGAUAUCCCCGCCAGGCUGGGUAUCUGGUUCCAGAACCAGUUUAAGGGUAGGCAGCUAGCCAACCAGACGGCGCUGAACCUGCUCCACUGUCUGAUGGAGCUGCACAUGAAGGAAGUCACCAGCAGGGCAGCACCAGAGAUCCGGAGUCUGAACCUGUUCAAGAUGAAGCUGAGCGUGGUGGACUGUGCAGCGUUACAUUACGUGUUGCAGUUCUCCCCACAUAGGCUUGAGGAGCUCAACCUGGGAUACUCCAAUAUCAGAAACAGAGGUCUUAGCAGGCUAGUUCCAAUAUUGCACCGCUGUGAAUCUCUUUAGUGAGUAUUCAUAGCAUUUUUCUUGUGGGACACAGCUCUGCACCACCUGUUGCAAAUGUUUGAUCAUUCACAGGGACUAGCUGAGGAGAAGUAUAGCAAUUAACUCAUUAAUGUAGGUAACUAUAAUUUGUUUUUUUUCUCAGUCUACGGUAUAACUGUCUGGAAAGGGAGGCAGCCAUCCUGCAAUCUGCAGUGUUGAAAUCAAAUGACUGUCAGGUGAAGAAGCUGUUGUAAGUGACUCUGAAAAUAACAAUCUCUGAAAAUAACAUAAAUGCAUGUCUAACACUGUUUCAUAGUGCCUCUUUCUCACACUAAACUCUUGAUUCCUCUACUUUGUACAGUAUGUGUGGUAACAACUUGGGUCCGGAAGGGGUUCUGGAGCUGUGGAAUGCCCUGGAGCAGAACACUACACUGGAGGAACUCUACUUGGACAUCACUGGCAUCACAGAGAGAGGAACAGAGAACAUUGUCAACUGCCUCAGCAAGAACACCUCUCUGAAAACGCUGACGUAAGAGAAAGACGAGAGGGAGAUGUAUUAUCUUUUUUUGAAUUAUUUAUUUUAUCUGACUUAGUAUCAGGGGCGGUGUGUUCAAUAGGGCGAUAUGGGCGACGCACUGCCAAACGGGAAAAGGAAGGGAUUUUUUUUCUAAUCAAUUAUAUCACGGCAACAGUAGUUAUCAGUGUUCUAAUCUGAUCUGACUGCCACUAAAUGUCAAAUCAGGCUAAAGUCGUGCUUCAAAUGGCCCCGCCCGUUUUUGGGGCGAUUUCAGUCAUGUUGAAAAUCGCCCAGAAGUCUGUCAUAGACUCCCAUGUAAAAUCUAUUUUUUUCAAAUUUCAAAGCUUUCAAUACAAUCUCUAUGGGUGUCUGUGGGCUUGCACUUACGCGCUUUCGUCAUACGUGACGUAACCAUGAACGUAACUAAGAAAAUAGCGGCUAGCAGCGUCUCUGUUGCGACCUGCAGUGUGGCGUUAUCUUAUGUUUUUAAUUUGUACACUUAGUGGCGUUAUUUUAUGUUUUUAAUUUGUACACUUAGUUUACAAACAUUCUGCCAACCAUGGAUUUCCAGUGGUGGGUUUUGGACUGAUCUUGUUGAUCGUGUACAUACCCGCUACGAACGGACUAAAUAAUGAAAACGCUGCUGGCAGCGGAAUCAAAUACAGCUGGGAGACUUGGCUGGAUGACAGAGUCCCGGACAGAGAAGUGGAGCCGGCCGGCUUCACCCUGGUCAGAGCGGACCGCGAUCUGACACAGUCACAGGGAAAAUCGAUCCUGGUAAGAGAGCGACUCUGUACCCCCGACAUUGAACUGCUUUCUGUGUCACUGCGACCUUACUAUCUGCCCCGUGAGUUCCCCCAAUUGUUUGUUACCGUUGUGUACUGUUGAUAAUCACAAGUUUACUGGAGAACUGAGACCAAGUAGAGACUUUGGACAGGGUGGAUAUGGUAUAAUAAAGGCAGUUUAUUCAGAGGUAAAGAUAUCUGGAAUCGCGUGCACGGACUCGUUCGUCAAACUCUUAGGGAGCUAUCUGAAGAGAGCCCCGAAAACAUUGUGUGCAGACAUUUUAUACAAUAAAUGAUGUAGGUUGAAUCUAGUAGUUCUGAUCUUCUGAUUGGUCCUGAUGAGUUGGGCGAGGUCCCCUCCACUGUUGCAUUGGCUCUGAGUCGGGUUCUCUGUCUUCAAAUGUUCAGCCUAAAGAGAGGGGAUUUUUGUGUGUGUGUGUGUGUGUGUUUAACAGUGAUGAUGUGUGUGUGUGUGUGUGUUAUCAGUGAUGAUGUGUGUGUGUGUGUGUGUGUGUGUGUGUGUGUGUGUGUGUCCUCAGAGCAAGAACUCGUGAGUUGGAAGAACUGAGAGACCUAUGGCGUGGGUGUUGUCCUUGGCCACCUGCUGACAAGGCUGACAAGAUAGGACUCUUUUGUCCAUUGUUAUAGGAUAGGAACAGCAUUGAUUGAAAACAAACGCCCAACACAAAAUGGGUCAUGCACAAGAUUUUAGUCAGACCAAGCUAUAACAUUAUAUAUUUACUACGACAGUACAUUCAACCAAAAGCUAAUAUAACAAAGGCAUCAGAGAUUAUUUAUAAUCUGUCACAGAAACUGGAAUCCAUCUCCCCAGAUCAGUCAAUAAAUGCUUCUGGUAUUGACUUAUAUGCUGCCCCUGUCUUCAUGUUGUUGCUGGACAUAUCUUUUUUAAAAUGUGUGUAGGUCACCUAAAUCAUCAGAAAAAUUGCCCCUCCUGAGAAUUUUUUCAGGAGCCGCCACUGCUUAGUAUUACUGCAUUGUUGAGGAAAAGCUUGCAAGUAAGCAUUUCACUGUACUGUUUACAUCUGCUGUAUACUGUGCACGUGACAAAUUCACUUUGAUCUGACGUUGAAAGUUUUCUCUGAAGUUACAAUGGGCGUUGACAUACUGCCAUCUAGUGUAUUUCACAGUUGUUGCUAUGAUAAUAUCCUGUCUGACCUGUUAUUAUAAUUUUCUCCUUCCCAGCAUCGUGGGAAAUGACAUUGGGGAGGUGGGGAAGAGGAGGCUGAGGGAGCUGGAGCAUCGACGGCCGGGGCUCCGGAUCAUUGGGAACUUUGUGGACGACCUAGGACUGCUAAAGGCCUACCUGGAUUGGGUAGAGGAGAUACGGGAUGACCGGGACCAGAUGGACUCAGUGAAGAACGCAGAUGCCCUACAGUCCGUCCUGAAGGGGCUGAGGGUGGGAGCAGGUGGGGAGAAUGGGGAGGGAGGGGAAGGAGAGAACACAGGAACUGGAGAUCAAGAUCCUGGAGCUUUUGAACACCCCCACUCAUCUGGCUGGAGUGAGAUGACUUCACGUACCCUUUUGGUCCAUGAGAAGCAUAGGUUAUCCACAAACUGA